AUGAAGAGCCUGCUCCUGACUGUCACACUGUUUGUCCUGGUGGCUGUCCUACAGGCCCAGGAUGACCUGCCCUUCCUCUCAGAAGAAAACAAACUCUCAGGCAUCUGGUUCGUAAAGGCCAUAGCGAUUCAAAGGAACCUGGCAGAGAAGAGGAGACCUGUGGUAGUGUUCCCUCACAGAGUGACAUGCCCGGAACAAGGAACUUUGGAGAUCAGGACCACUGUCAUGUCUGAGGGCCAGUGCAUUAAGGUAGGAUUUCGCAUCCAGAGAACAGAGGAGCCUGGUCAAUACACCACCUUUUCGGGCCAGAUGUUCUACUACAUCUAUGAGCUUCCAGUGAAGGACCACUACGUCAUAUACAUGGAAAACCUUUCGCUUGAGAAAGAAUCCCAAAGGGGAUUCCUCAUAGGAAGGUGUCCAGAAGAAAACCUGGAGGCCCUGGAAGAAUUUAAGAAUUUCACACAGCUCAAAGGAUUUUUCCAAGAAAAUAUCAUUGUGCCUGAGCAGAGAGCCCACCAGGACCACAACUGCCAAGCCAUCUUUGCCACUAGUACCCAGCAAUAA